CUCCAUUUUGUGAGAGCAGCCGAAGCAGAGCGUCGUCCUCCCGUGAAAACUAGGCACAACCUAGAAACGACAUAAAACAAAGCCAGUCAGCCGACGAACCGCUCGCUAACCAAGUUAUCAUCCGAAAGUAAAGCAAAUCUUAUCGUAUGUCCGGUAUCCAGAACCUCCAAACUUUUGACCCCUUUGCUGAUGCAACUAAGGGUGAUGACCGCCUCCCAGCUGGGACAGAGGACUACAUUCACAUAAGAAUCCAACAGCGGAACGGCAGGAAGACCCUCACCACUGUUCAGGGCAUCGCUGCGGACUAUGAUAAGAAGAAGCUAGUCAAGGCUUUCAAGAAGAAAUUUGCCUGCAAUGGGACAGUGAUUGAGCACCCAGAGUAUGGUGAAGUGAUCCAGCUUCAGGGAGACCAGCGUAAGAAUAUCUGCCACUUCAUCAUGGAGGUUGACCUGGCCAAGGAAGAGCAGCUCAAAGUCCACGGCUUCUAGAAGCUGCUAGCAGCCCUCUCCCCCUUUGCUCCUGGAAGGCCAUUAAAACGCCCCCGCCUGUCCCUUCCCAACCCAAUUCUCCUAUGUGCUGCUGUUGCUCUUCCUCUCCCCCCUUGCAGCCCCACCAGCUCCUACUAGCUAACACGUGAAUUACCUCUGACAAACAUGGGACUCUGUAACACCAUCGCACCCCCUUACAACACCAGGGGGCAGGCUCACGCUCACAAAGCCCCACCACUGCAGCUCCACGCAACAUCAGGGAUGAGUGGUGAUGACCCUCCCACACACACUUCCUUCUUCCUUUUCCCCUCCCCUCGUUUAUUUCCUUUUUAAUUUUUCCUUUUUAGGUUGUUGUGCCGCAAGGAGGCACCAUUUCAUGUAACUUUUUUGUUUUGUACUUUAAAGGUGUUUCAAUAAAACAAUGAGUGUCCAUA